UCCAGUUUUUCGUGGGACCGCCAUGGCGGCAGACGCAGCCACUGUACGGCGCCUACGCGUCCUCUCCAGGGUCAUUGCUGGCGUCCGCAAGAACAACGCCAGUGCGAAGCCUCUCUGGAAUGUGGAGGUGGAAGCUGCGCCACCAGUCGCAGAAGAAGCUCACCGGAUCUUGCUGACAACGGCAGCUCUCUCCUUCGUUGCAGAUCUGACGCGCACUUUCGAGCAUGGCAUAGAGGAGCUCUACCGGCGGCGGGCGCAGAGCAAGUGCGAGUUCGUCGACGGCCGGCGGCUCCCAGCAUUCCGCCACGGGGACAACAGGGCCGCGUCCGGCGACUGGAGGGUAGCGCCGGUGCCCAGCAGGCUGACCAACCGUCGCGUCGACCUGGGCGAUGUCAGCCCUGCAGACAUCGAACACUUCAGGGCCGCUCUGAAAGCCGACGUACAGGGCAUCCAGGUGGACUUCGACGAUGGGCACUGCCCCACGUGGGGCAACCAGCUGACCGGCCUCUUGGCGGUGUACCGCGCCGUGCACGGUACGCUGGAGGGCACACCUCCCAUUGCCGAGUGCCCCGUGCUGAUGCUGCGGCCCAGGGCUUGGAACAUGUCAGAGCGCAACCUGCUGGUAGAUGGCAAAGAGGUGCCGGGAGCUGUUUUCGAUUUCGCUCUCUUGAUGUUUCACUGCGGUCACAUCCUCGCUGCGAAUCAGAGUGGACCAUUCUUCUAUCUGUCAAAAGUUGAAGGCGCUUUCGAAGCGCGGCUCUGGAACGAAAUAUUCGUAUGGGCCCAGGACGCUCUGGGAAUACCACGGGGUACCAUUAAAGCAUGUGUCUUAAUAGAAAAUAUUCUUUCGUCUUUCGAGAUGGAAGAAAUACUUUAUGAGUUGAGGGAGCACUCUCUAGGGCUGAAUUGCGGAAUAUGGGACUACGCUGCUUCAAUUAUAGCGAAAUUCGGUGAUCGCAAGGAGUUCGUCCUGCCUGACCGUAACAAGUACGUGAACAUGGAGAAACACUUCCUGGUGUCCUACAUGCGACUCGUGGUGCAGACCUGCCACAGAAGAGGCGCACACGCCACGGGAGGCAUGGCGGCGCUCGUAGUUGAAGGCGACGACAGCAAAGAGAAGCUCGUAGUGGACAAAGUUUGUCAAGCGAAACUGCAGGAGAUUCAACAUGGUGUAGACGGCUUCAUGGUAUAUGAUUUGCGGUUGGUUCCCUACGUGAAUCAGCUGUGGGAGCGCGCCGCUGGCGACGACAACCAAUUGUCGAUGGUCCACCCUGCCCUGGUGGUAUCUCGCGAGGACCUGCUGCAGAUGCCGGCCGGAGGGGUGACGGAGGAGGGCCUGCGCCACAACAUCGCAGUCGCCGUGCUCUUCGUCUUUCACUGGUUCAAAGGCCGAGGUCACUUCUUCUACAGGGGCUGCGUCGAGGACUCUGCCACCGCAGAAAUCUCUAGGUCGCAAGUCUGGCAGUGGAUACGACAUCAGGUCUGCAUGGAGAAGACGAACGUAAUGGUGACUAAGCAUCUAGUGAAGCAGCUGACAACGGAAUUCGUACAGCAGCACCCGUUCUGCAAGGCGGAUGUCACAAAGAUGCAAGCUGCUGCGGAAGUCUUUAUGGACAUUGUAACCAGACGAGAGUUCCCGGAUUUCAUUACUACUUACCUGAACCAAUGUCCUAUUUUCUGGCACUUUCAGAGAGUGUGAAUCUUCUGGCAAUAUGCUUCAUUCACAACUGGCAGUUACGACAUAAAAGAGCAUAAACGUUG